AUGUCAUCUCUGCAGGCAUCAUCAACCGCAGGUCCGCUCGAAGUGACCGAUGACCUCAUCUACAGUCUGGCCGCUGACGUGGAGACCGUUGACCACCUGGACGCCCUCGGCAUCGCUCUUGGAUUUGACCAAGCGGCCAGGACUAGAUUCCACUCCACCAAUAAUCUAUCAGGGAGUGUGGGCUGCAGAGGGACGCGGGAUAUGUUAACAGAAUGGAGACAACGCACUCCUGGAGCUGACAAGUCGAAACUGAAGAGGGCGCUACAAAAAGCAAGACUGAUCGAGCUCUCUGAGAAGUACUUACCAGCUACCAACGAAAAUACUUUGAAGGUGGAAAAACUGCGAAGGAAACUGAAGAAUCACUACAAACAAGAACUAUGUCAUCUGCCUUUACGGCCUUGGGACAAAGACUCUUCUCUAAGCUUCAAGAGAAACUUUGUAGAUGUAGACCUGUACGAACAAGGACAGCACUGCAAGUGUCCGGAAGACAACGGGACACUCAAUGAUCUUCUGAAGAUGGCCUGUAACGUCCAAGACCAUCAUUACCGCUUUGCCAUACUAGCCAACGCAGGAUGUGGAAAGUCGAUGCUAGCAGCUAAAAUAGCCUACGACUGGUCCCAUGAAUUAGAGGGCUCUCCGUUGCGGGACGUUCUGCUCUUGUUUGUGAUAAAGUUGCGACUUCUGCAGGAAGGUACAGCUCUAGAGGAUGCCAUCAUGUCCCAAUUGUUGGUGGGAGGCGAGGAGAAGUAUUCAGCUGGAGUUCUGAAGACGUUCAUCGAGGAGAACCAGAGCAGGUGCAUGCUGGUCUUUGAUGGCUGCGAUGAGUACAUCGCUAACAUCCUGGCCAAGGACAUCAAGAGCGAUGUUGUUUCCGUCCUCCGGAAUCACUGCCUUCAAGAGUGUCCAACAGUUAUCACAUCCCGGUUUCGCCACCAGAGAAGCUUCACGAAGGCAAGUCAGUCCUACGUGAAGAUGGAGCUGCGUGGCUUCACGCUGGAUAACGCCAAACGGUAUAUCCGAGGAUUCUUCCAUGAUCAGAGGGAAUCUGGAGAGAAACUGAGGCAGUUCCUAGACAGUAGCCAUGUGGUAUGCCAGCUGGUGCAGAUACCGCUCUUCUGCGUCAUGGUGUGUGACCUUUGGCAGCAGGAUGCUCUUGAGGAUGUCCAAACCCAGACAGGUCUUCUCAACCAGGUCAUCCAGUUUCUCUGGCACCACUGGAUAGCAAAGAAGGAGAGCAGUGAGGACGAAGAGAGUUCCUACAGCAGUGAUGAAGCGGAAUCAGCAUAUGCCAGUGACGAUGAAGCAUCCCACAGUGAUGAUGAAGCAUCUCAAGAUGAGCUUCAGCCACUGCUCUUGAAGCUAGGCAAGGUGGUCCUGGACCUCCACCUUAAGGACAACAAGAGGACAGUCUUCUCCGAGAAGGACUUCAAGUGUGUGCGUGCUGAACUAAAGGAAGCCUGUCAAAUGGGACUCAUGUCGCAACGAACGGUGACGGAGACAAGAAUGAGGAUGGGCAAGAAAGCAGAGAGGACAGAGAUACAGUUCUACCACAAACUGGCUCAGGAGCACAUCGCCAGCAGCUACCUGGUAUCUCUCCCGCCUGAAACGCUGGAAGAGACACUAUCCAAGAUCAAGGACUACAAAGGCAUACACAUGUAUGAGAACCUCCUGCGUUUUACAUGCGGGUUAGGUGCAGUGUCCUGCGCACAGGUUCUGCAGCACCUCCUAGGCCAACUGUGGGUGGACCAACCCCUCCCGCCGAACAAGAACGCAACCUUCCGCUUGGCUCUGGACUUCUUGAAUGAAUGUCCUGAGGUCAGUGAUGCCAUCAAGGUUCACCUAGAGACAAUGUUCCAGGAGAAGUACCUAUGUCUGUAUGCUGCUACUCCAAGUGCGAUACAAGGACUCCAGAAGCUUCCCCAGAGCAUUAAGAACAAGAUCAGAAUGAUGAGAUUCCAGUCGUCAGAAAUGUCGGUGAGCAGUUGUCUGGAGUUCAUCAAAGUCCUCCCGUCGUUCCGUGAACUACAGCACCUUGGUCUGCGCGGUGUGAACGCCUCCGAGCCCUCACUUGUAUCUAUCGUGGAGUCGGCCAGGAGAGGGAUGAAGGUCAAGGGUGUGCUAUUCAGGUUCUGCUGCACAAGUAAAGGUGGCGCAUUGUCCAAGUACCUUGAGGAGAAUAAUGUAGCCGAGAGCUCACCAAACAGAAUGAGAGUCUUGGUGCACAAUGUAAGUGAUAAUAUGAACAUCAUAAUCUCCUUUAAUGUUCUUCAUCUCAACACAUCACCCAUCAUGACUUCCACCACAGUUUUUUCCAGACCCAACCUGUCCAUGAGCUCACUUGUGUUCUCUCUAUCGGAUAGUUUCACACCACACAUCUUCCAUAUCAUGGCUCUUUCCAUUCUCUUCAAGAUACCAUACCGGAGCUUGUCAUCAGUGAUUCUCUGGUUUCCAGAUCCCUUGUGCGGAGAAGUUGAAUGCAAUACAGGGUUUCAUCUCAAAACGAAGAUGCUCAACGAAGAUGCAUUAAGCCGAAGAGUCAUCAUUGACUGGAACACACUUCCUGAAGAGGUAGUCACUGCUACCACGGUGAAUGCCUUUAAAGCCAGACUGGAUCGAGUAUGGAAGGACAAGCGUUUCUGCUCCCCAUAUGAGUAG